AUGGCGGCACCACAGAUGAGCAAGAAUCAGAGGCGGCGGGCGAAGAAGAAGGCAGAAAAGGCAGAGCAGAAGGCGAAGCCAGAGGAGCCGGCGCAGAACGGCGACAACUCAGAAGCCGACACGGGCGCCGACGCGUCUGAGAAGCUCGCCGAUGAGGGCGCGACCGAUGGCCUCGAGGUCAAGAAGGAUGCUUCCCUACCCGCAAAGGCCGAACCCGACGGCCCCGUCGAGAUCGACUUCGACAAUGACGACCCUGCCUUUGCUAUGUACAAGCACAUCUUCGCCAAGUUCGGCGCAUCAACCGAAGAGGAUGAUAUCGCAAAGGAGGCCAACGCCGGCAACCAGGGCGAGGUCUUCUUCGACGAUGACGAUGACAUUCCCGACGAGUCGGAGGAGACGGGCCCCCCAAAGCUCUCCAAGAAAAAGAAGAAGAUGCUGAACAAGCUCUCGGUCGCCGAGCUGAAGGCGCUGGUCAGAAAGCCCGAAGUCGUCGAAUGGCACGAUACCUCGUCUUCAGACCCGCGGUUACUGGUCCAGAUCAAGGCUCAGCGGAACGUGGUGCCCGUGCCGGCGCAUUGGAACCUGAAGCGCGAAUACCUUUCGUCGAAGCGAGGUAUCGAAAAGUCGGCCUUCAAGCUCCCUAAGUUCAUUGCGGACACGGGUAUCACCGAGAUGAGGGAUGCCGUCCUGGAGAAGCAAGCAGAACAAAGUCUCAAGCAGAAGCAGCGCGAGAGGGUCCAGGGCAAGCUGGGAAAGCUUGACAUCGACUACCAGAAGCUCUAUGAUGCUUUCUUCAGAUUCCAGGAGAAGCCUACACUUACACGGUUCGGUGAGGUUUACUACGAAGGCAAGGAGUACGAGACAGACCUGAGACAUUUGAGGCCUGGCGAGAUGAGUGAUACUCUCAAGGACUCGCUGAGUAUCCCCCCGGGAGCUCCUCCGCCAUGGCUCAUCCACCAACAACGAUUCGGACCUCCUCCCUCAUACCCUUCCCUCCGUAUACCCGGCCUUAACGCCCCUAUCCCACCGGGCGCGCAAUGGGGAUUCAACCCAGGUUGUUGGGGCAAGCCUCCCGUUGAUGAGUACAAUCGUCCUCUCUUCGGCGGUGAUAUCUUCGGAAUCAUGCAGCCUUCGCAGGCUGCGCCUGCUCCCGGAGAGCCUGUCGAACGCACACUGUGGGGCGAGCUUCAGCCACCAGAAGAGGAAUCAGAAGAAGAGGAGGACGAGGAUGAGGACGAAGAUGAAGACGAAGAAGAGGAUGGUGCAGGCUUGCAGACGCCGUCCGGCAUGGAGACACCCGGCGGUAUGGCGAGCAGUGUACCAACAGAAUAUGGCACGCAAACCGAGUCCAUCGCCGGCGAGAUGGAUCUUCGAAAGAGCCGCCGCGGCUACGAGACAGAGGAAAGCACACACCCUCGCUCGGCCUACACAGUUAUUCCAGAGCGCCAAGCACGGGCGGAAGGUUUCUUCGGCAGUGACCGGACUUAUGACCUCAGCAAGGCAGGCGGCCACGGCGACAUGCGCGUGCUGGGCCAGGAUGAUGACCGCGGCCAGAAGCGAAAGAAGCCGGGCGACGUUGAUGUUGCCCUGGACCCGGACGCCCUGAUGAGCGGCGACGGCAUCGAUAAGGAUGAGGUCCGGAGGAGGUACGAAGAGGGAAGACGCGAAGAAGGUCCCGGAGCUCAGUGGAGGCGGGAAGAAGGCCUCGACGAGAUGAUCGCGAAUGAGAGCCGGAAGAGGCUCAAGCGCGAUGAGGAGAAGCGAGACGAGCGGAAGAAGUACAAGUUCUAG